GAAAUAUUUGUUCCACUUGCAGACGCGCACUUUUCAUUUAUUACAGUUUGUUGAGAACUCACCAAAACAACAAACCUUCUUUCUUCUCUCUCUCUCUCCUUCUCUGUUCCUUAUCUCUCUCUAAUGCCCUUCUGAUCAAUCCUUCAUUCAUUCCAGGGCUGCUGGUGAUUACUCUUUUACUAGCAUGGCUUCAAGCAAUCCACUCUUUGAUGAUAUACGGAGCAAAGCUGACGUUGAUCCUCCUCAAAAUGAGGAGUUGACAGGUGUUAUUGAAUUAGUGAAUGAUACUGCACAGGCUACUCUUAAACCUAAUGGGACCGUUUCAAGCAGUGUUCGCGAGCUUUUAGAGUGCCCUGUAUGCCUGAAUGCCAUGUACCCUCCAAUCCAUCAGUGUUCAAAUGGUCAUACUAUAUGCUCAGGUUGCAAACCCAGGGUCCAUAACCGGUGCCCUACUUGUAGACAUGAGCUUGGUAACAUCAGAUGUCUGGCACUGGAAAAAGUGGCUGCCUCUUUGGAACUUCCCUGUAAAUAUCAAGGUUUUGGGUGCAUCGGUAUAUAUCCAUAUUACAGCAAGCUAAAGCAUGAAUCUCUAUGCACAUAUAGACCAUAUAACUGUCCAUAUGCUGGCUCAGAGUGCUCUGUUAUGGGUGAUAUACCCUACCUGGUGACCCAUCUGAAGGACGAUCACAAGGUGGACAUGCACAAUGGCAGUACUUUUAACCAUCGUUACGUCAAAUCAAAUCCACAAGAAGUUGAAAAUGCCACAUGGAUGUUGACGGUAUUCAGCUGCUUUGGCCAGUAUUUUUGUCUACAUUUUGAAGCUUUUCAGCUAGGAAUGGCUCCUGUCUACAUAGCCUUUUUGCGGUUUAUGGGUGAUGAUAGUGAGGCAAAAAAUUACAGCUAUAGUCUAGAGGUAGGUGGAAAUGGAAGGAAGAUGAUUUGGCAGGGGGUGCCUAGGAGCAUUAGAGACAGCCACCGCAAGAUUCGCGACAGUUUUGAUGGUCUCAUCAUUCAGAGGAACAUGGCUCUCUUCUUUUCAGGGGGUGACCGGAAGGAAUUGAAGCUCAGGGUUACUGGUAGGAUUUGGAAAGAACAGUGAAUGGCGGGAGAUGGUGUUCUUUAUUCAACUAGCAGUUAAAUUAGACUGAAUAGUCUGUAGUCCAAUGAAUUUCUUGUAGUGAUAUGUAUCUUCUGGUCAUGUAUUUUGUUUUGUAACUUAGGAGUUAGGAGGCAAACUCUCUUUGCUUAUCCUUACAUCAAAUACAUGGACAUGAAGGUGUACCUCCUAUCAUUAUGGUAAUUAUGAAGAGAUUUAGAACCUUAGCGUGCUCCUUAAA